CAGCGGGACCCAUGCACUCCAUGAUCUGUUCCUGCCGGAUGGAACCGACGGGAACAGCGCCAGACAAAAGCGGGAACUAAAUUUUCAGCACUCACAGAGUCACAGCGCGCUCAGUCUUCAGUGGCACUCCCCGUCCAGCCAAUCUCGCCCAUGCCAAUCUCCGUCCAUCCGGACCCUGGAUUUUUUUCCCUUCCUUGACAUCGCGACUGCCCCCCAGCUGGGGUUGCUCCAGGGACCAGAGACCGGUCACCGCAUCCACGCACUUGGCGUAACGUAGAAGGUACUGUAUAGAACAAGGCUGCUGUGCCGUGUUUCAACGACAACAGGACAACAUGGGAAAGAAGGGCGGCGGUCGUCUUCUUCAGGCCGCAAAGGCUGCGAAACAAGGUGGUGGUGGUCCACCGGCAAAGAAGCAAAAAAAGAGCCACGGCUCCGGCCCCGCGCAACAUCAAAAACAAAAGCAACAAUCCACAAAGCCCUCCGCUUCCUCCGCUGCCUCCGCAGCCCCGCCCCCGCUCUCUUCUUCCUCGACGUCCGGCUCCAAGAAGCAACACAAGCAAAAGCAGCAUUCCGAUCCAACAAUACCCUUCAGCCCCGACGAAAACAUCCUCCUCGUCGGCGAUGGCGACCUCAGCUUCGCCGCCUCCCUGGUCGAGCACCACCACUGCACCAACCUGACCGCCACCGUCUACGAAAAGGACCUCGACGAGCUCUCCACGAAAUAUCCCCACGUGCGCGCCAACGUCGACAAGAUCUCUGCCGUGCCCGGCUGCAAGGUUCUCUACAACGUCGACGCGCGGCGCAUGGCGCCCUUUGCCCACAAAACCAAAGACAAGCAGACGGGCCGGGUCGAGCAGACCGGCACAAUGGACCGCAUCAUCUUCAACUUCCCGCACGUCGGCGGCAAGUCGACCGACGUCAACCGCCAGGUGCGCUACAACCAGGAGCUGCUGGUCAACUUCUUCAAGCGCUCCUUCCUCUCGCUGGCCCCCGGCGGUUCGGUGAUUGUCACCCUGUUCGAGGGCGAGCCCUACACGCUGUGGAACAUCAGGGAUCUGGCAAGGCAUUCGGACCUGGCCGUCGAGAAGAGCUUCAAGUUCCAGGCCAGGGUGUAUCCGGGCUAUCACCAUGCUAGGACGCUCGGGGUCGUCAAGAACAAGAAGGGAGAGGCGGCGGAGGGCGCCUGGAAGGGUGAGGAGAGGCCGGCCAGGAGUUAUGUCUUUGUUAGGAAGGAUGAUGUGCCGAAGCCGCCGGCGCCGGGGAUGGGGAAGAAGAGGAAGGUGGAGGAGUCGGAUGAUGAGGAUGAAGAGGAGGAUGAUGAUUGGGGGAGUGGAGAGGAUGACUUGGAGGAGGAGUUGGGUGAUGACGCUGAGGGCGAUGUGGACGAUGCUGAAGAUGCGGCGGACGAUAACUGAGUGACCGGAUCACCAGUUCACUCGUCGAGUGAGGCGCGCACACCGUAUACAGCCCUGGAGUUUAUGACGCAAUCGAUGUGGUCGGGGCCCAUACGAUGUAUUCUCCUGGAUGCCGAUCUCUUGACCGGAAACGGGUUGCGUUCAAGCUCAGACACCAUCGAGAUAGUCGCUCUAUGGCGUUGCUCGGGACUACC